CCUGGGGUGUGUGCAGCAGUGGCAGCCCUCCUCGUUCACUCCUCUGUCCCCUCCCCUGCACCUCUGGUCAUGCUCUGCCCCACCCUGACUGGGCAGCACCUGCACCAGCUCCACUCCCUCCCUUACUGUGGGGGUCUCAGUCUGCCCGCCUCCUUCCCUCACCCAGAUUUACCAGCCAACACUGUUCUCCAAGCUGCCAGGCUACAUAUUGGCAGUUGGAUCAGUAUUGACCAAUAUGGCUGGUCAAUAAUCAGCCAUCAGUAGUGGCCAAAAAAAUCUUUAUUGGUGCUCCCCUAUCUGGAACAUUUGAGUCAGCGGAAACUCUCAAUAUCAAUUUUUAAGCAGCAGAUGGAAAAUCGCUAGGUGUUGCUUGUUAGGAGAUCUGAAAGAAAUUAAAUGUGAAAUGUACCUACUAAAGGUAUUCUACAGACCUGUAAAAACAGUGAUUGUUUCCUAGUAAAGGAAAGUGUCAAAGUUCCCGUUACCCCUUAAAAAGAGGCCCAGAGGGAAAUCAGAGUGUGGUGAACUUCACCCCAUUUCAGGGAAAUAGUUUGUUACAUUGUUUAUGGGUAAAGUACUAUGUUGCGUUAGAAGAAACCUUUUUGUUCAUUUCCUCUUUGUUUUCAGAACAGUUAAUCAAAUGUACAAAGGAUUGGUCAAAUUUAAUUCGUAUCCUUUUUUUUUUUUUUUAUGAAUCCUUUCAUGAAAUUACUGAGAGAAACAAAUAAUGACUGUAUAGAAAGGACAGUGUCCUCUGGCAUAGUUUGGCAACCUUUGGCUCAUGAGGCAGAUCCAUUCCACAAAGCUCCAACCUGGCCUUGAGUGACACAGGGGGUCAGACAGCAUGCAGUUUUACUGUGCCACCUGUUCCCUCUACAGACCUUCCUGGUGUUCUCUUGUGCCUGUGCUUAACUUUGCUGCAGAGGGGCUGGGGACCAAUGGCAUGGGUAAGUUCAGGCAGGUUGGGCACUGGGAAGGAAGAUUUGUGGCUAGUAGUAGGAGCCAAACUCCAAAUUCAGGUUCACGGUGGCAAAAGAUUGCUGACCCCGUCAGCUGGAAACAACCAUGUAUUGAACAGCAGCACUCCCAGACAGAAAGAAGAUGAAUCAACAGAACUUCAAGUAUCCAAUUCUAGACUGAGAGAAAUAGAAAGUAUUCAAGCAGCACAAAAGUCUGAGAAUGAGAGACUGAAAAAAGUCUGUGGUGAUUUGGAAGAAAAACAUGAAGCAGCAGAACUUCAAAUAAAACAGUUAUCCAUAGAGUACCGAAAUCAGCUACAACAGAAAGAGGUGGAAGUCAGUCAUCUGAAGGCUAGACAGAAUGCACUACAAGAACAAUUGCAAAAGUUACAGACAGCUGCUCAGGCAGCACAGCUAGGAAUUGUGCCACCAACCACUACAUCAGCUUCCUUUGUUCCUGUGGUUAGACAUCAUUCUUCAGGUUUUCAAGGAGAUGACAUGGAUUUUGGAGAUGUAAUUUGGUCCCAGCAAGAAAUAAACAGAUUGUCCAAUGAAGUUUCUAGACUUGAAUCUGAGGUUGAUCACUGGAAACAGAUUGCCCAGUCUUCCAAAGUACAAAGAACAAAUGAUGAUGAGCAGAGUGAAAUCUGCAAGCUGCAAAAUACCAUCAAGGAGCUGAAGCAGAAUUUAAGUCAAGAAAUAGAUGAACAUCAGCACGAGCUUUCAGUAUUACAGGAUGCACAUCGACAGAAAUUAGUAGAGCUAAGUCGUCGACAUCGAGAAGAGUUAGGAGAAUAUGAGGAGCGAAUUGAAGAACUGGAGAAUCAGUUACAGCAAGGAGGUGCAGGAGCUGAAGUUACUGAUCAUUCUAAAAUAGGUGAACUGAAAAAGUUCAUUCAGAACCUACAAACUGGAAAAGCAGAGAGCAUGCACAAUAUGAAGGAACUGGAGGGUCACAUUAAAGAACUAAAUCAGAAAUUAGCUUCUGCAGAAGAGAGAAAUAACAUCCUGCUUAAAGAGCAAGAAUUGGUAAAGGUGGAAAAAAGCCAAAUAACGCAAGAAUAUGAAAGGCUGAAUUCUGAGUUUAGUAAGCUUCAAAAUUCUGUUGCAGAGCAGGAGACUAUUCUGAAAGAACAGGGGGGAAAGUUCCAACCUGUGUCAUCACCUGUGGAGGAAGAAGUGCUCAGACUACAGCAAGCACUGUUGGAUGCAGAAAAAGAAAUACUGAGACUUAAUAGCUUAAAGCAGGCUGACAGUUUCAUAGGUGCAGAAGAUUUUCCAGAAGUUAAAACAGAUAUACAAGUCCUAAAAGAAGAAAAUCAUAAGCUAAGGAAAGAGAAGGAAGAACUUCAGAAGGAACUGUUGGACUUCCAGCAAAAAAAUGCAGAUGUUACACCUGCAUCAACUGAAGAUCAGACUUUGGAAUUAAAUCAGUUAAGGCAAGACUUGGAGAGGAAGGAGCAUGAAUUCAAUGAAAGUAUUUCUGAACGUGAAACUCUAACAGCAGAAUUGGAAGAACUGGACAAACAGAACCAGGACGCUACACAGCAUAUGAUUACACUGAAAGAGCAGCUAUCAAAACAACGCACAGAAACUGAUAGUACCAUCAACCAACUAAAACUUGGUAUAGAUAUGGAAAGAAGGAAAGUGUCUGAAUUGGAAGUUGAGAAGAUGGAAAUGAUUAAGGAGCUUGGAGUUCAGAAAGAAAAAUUGACUCAGUGUACAUUUGCACUUAAUGAUUUGCAUAUGAGUAAGCAGGAGCUUGAGGAUAACAUUAAGGGCCUACAUGAAAAGCUAAAGAAAGCCCAGGCUUGUAACUUAAAUAAAAAAGAAAUUGCAGAAUUGCAGCAAAAACUAAAAGAAAAAGAGGAGGAACUUUCUGUAUCCCAGAACAAGUUAACCAAAAUAAAUAAUCAGGAAUAUAACAUUAGCUGUCAAGAAAAAGAAGCAGAAAUUGUAAAAUUGAAUCAAGACAUUGCAGAAAAUAAGCAAUUAAAUAAAAUUUUGGAGAAAUCUGUGUUUGAUCUCCAAGCACAAAAUGAAAAUCUGUUUGCAGACUGUGAAGAACUAAAGCGGCAGUUGCAUGAAGCCAUUACGGAGAAGAAUAAAAUUUCCUUGGAAAAAGGUACUAUGCUGGAGGCUUUGACAAUGGAAAAAGGACAGUUGGAAUCUGAAUUGAAUCAGACUGAAAAGAGGCUGUUGGAACAGGCGCAUAAAUAUGAGCGAACCAUUGAGGAAUUAACAAAUACACGUAGCUUGAACACCACAGCAUUGCAGCUAGAACACGAGCAUCUGAUUAAAGUCAAUCAAGAGAGAGAUUUUGAAAUAGCAGAACUCAAAAGAAACAUUGAGCAGAUGGAAGCUGACCAUCAAGAAACUAAAGAGAUGUUGACAACUAGUUUGGGAGGACAAAAGCAGUUGACAGAACUCAUAAAAGAAAAAGAGGUGUUUGUUGAAAAAUUUAAAAAUCAAGCGAUGCAGGUGCAGCGAGAACUUGAAGAAUAUAUUAAGGCUUCCAAAAAGCAUGAAACUGUAAGGCAGAAUUUAGAGGAAAAGGACAGAAAUCUUGCAGUGAUGAAAGAAGAAAAUAAUCAUCUGAAAGAAGAAAUUGAAAGACUGAAGGACCAGCAAAGCAGAUCUUCAGUUGUGGCUGAGCCGAAAACUUUAGAUAUUAUUACUGAACUUGAAAGUGAGAUAACACAGUUAAAACUAAUAAAGAAUAAUCUUGAAGAGGAAAUAAAGUUUCACAAAAAAACAAUUGAAGACCAGCAUCAGAAAACAGUGCAACUUCAACAGUCUUUGCAGGAGCAUAGAAAGGAAAUAGAUGAAUCUAAAUUUCAGUGUGAGCAAAUGAGUGUCACACAUGAAAAACUUUUCUUGGAGAAAGAUGAAGAAAUUAAAAGUUUACAGAGAACAAUUGAACAAAUUAAAACUCAGUUGCACAAUGAGAGGCAAGUCAUUCAAACAGAUUCCUCUGAUCUCUUUCAGGAAACUAAAGUCCAGACUCUUAAUGGAGAAAAUGGAAAUGAAAAACAUGAUUUAUCUAAAGCUGAAAUUGAAAGGUUGGUAAAAGGUAUGAGAGAGAAAGAAAUGGAGAUUAAACAUUUGAAUGAAAAGAAUGUCUCUCUGACUCGACAAAUUGACCGGUUGUCCAAAGAUGAAGUUGGUAAACUCACUCAGAUCAUUCAAGAGAGAGACUUGGAGAUACAAGCUCUCAAUGCAAGAGUUUCCUCUGCAUCUUAUAGGCAGGAUGUACUAUGCCUUCAACAGCAACUGCAAGCUUAUGUCAUGGAAAGAGAGCAAGUGCUAGCAGUUUUGAGUGAAAAGACUAGAGAGAACAGCCAGUUAAAAGCAGAGUAUCAUAAAAUCAUGGAUAUGGUGGCUGCUAAAGAAGCAGCUUUGAUAAAGUUACAAGAAGAGAACAAAAAAUUAUCUAAUAAGUUUGAAAACAGCAGCCAGGACAUGUUUAGAGAAACUGUUCAGAAUUUGUCUCGUAUCAUUCGAGAGAAAGAUAUUGAAAUUGAUGCCUUAAGUCAGAAAUGCCAAACUUUAUUGACUGUCCUACAGACAUCGAGUGCAGGUACUGAUAAUGGGUCAGGAGGUGUUAACAGUAAUCAGUUUGAGGAGCUUUUACAGGAACGUGAUCAACUAAAACAGCAAGUUAAGAAGAUGGAAGAGUGGAAGCAACAGGUCAUGACAACUGUUCAGAACAUGCAGCAUGAAUCAGCUCAUCUCCAAGAGGAGCUACAUAAGCUUCAAGCACAGAUUUCAGUUGACAGUGAUAGCAACUCUAAAUUACAGCUAGAUUAUAAUGGCUUAAUUCAGAGUUAUGAACAGAAUGAGAGAAAACUGAAAAGUUUUAGUCAAGAGUUAGUACAAGUUCAGCAUAGCAUAGGACAGCUUCAUAACACCAAGGACCUUCUUCUGGGAAAACUUGAUAUGGUAAAGCCACCAUUGCAGAUGGCCUCUUCUAGUGUUUUACAAGCUUCAGGUAUUCCAAGUGGUACUCCUUCUGAAAUACUCAGUGACCACUGUAAGCAACUUCAACAGGAAUUGGAACAGGUGAAAAAAAUAGUUCAAGAAAAAGAUGCGACUAUCAGAACUCUUCAGGAAAAUAAUCAAAGGCUGUCUGAUUCCAUGGCUGCAAAAUCAGAGUUAGAAAGAAAGGGGCAAGAGGAGACUGAUUCAGAGAUGAAGCAGAUAAGGGGAAAACAUGAUGUUUUGCAGAAGUCUCUUAAGGAAAAAGAUCUCUUGAUUAAAUCUAAAAGUGAUCAAUUGCUUUCUGUAAGUGAAAAUCUUAGUAACAAAGAAAAUGAAAAUGAACUUUUAAAACAAGCUGUAACUAAUCUUAAAGAAAGAAAUCUAAUUUUAGAAAUGGACAUCCGUAAGUUGAAAGAAGAAAAUGAAAAAAUAGUUGAAAGGUGUAGAGAGAGAGAAACAGAAUUCAGAGCAUUACAAGAGACUAACAUGCAGUUUUCAAUGAUGUUGAGGGAAAAAGAAUUUGAAUCCCACUCAAUGAAAGAAAAAGCUCUUGCUUUUGAAAAGCUAUUGAAAGAAAAAGAACAGGGCAAGACAGGGGAGUUGAAUCAGCUGUUAAAUGAAGUGAAGUCAAUGCAAGAGAAUGCUGUUACUUUUCAACAAGAGAGAGACCAAGUCAUGGUAGCACUCAAGCAGAAACAAAUGGAGAACAGUGCCCUACAAAAUGAGGUGCAGCAUUUGCGUGAGAAGGAGCAACGUCUAAACCAGGAAUUAGAGAGGUUGCGUAAUCACCUUUUGGAAAUGGAGGAUUCUUACACACGGGAAGCUUUAGCUGCAGAGGACCGAGAGACCAAGCUGAGAAAGAAGGUGACUGUAUUGGAGGAAAAACUAGUAUCUUCUUCAACUGCGGUGGAAAAUGCAAGCCAUCAGGCCAGUCUGCAGGUAGAAUCCUUGCAAGAGCAGUUGAACUUGGUUUCUAAGCAGAGAGAUGAAACUAUGCUUCAGCUUACCAUCUCACAGGACCAAGUGAAACAGUAUGCAAUGUCAUUGGCCAACCUGCAGAUGGUACUAGAGCAAUUUCAACAAGAAGAGAAAGCUAUGUAUGCAGCAGAGCUAGACAAACACCAAAAACAAAUCACAGAAUGGAAAAGGAAAGCUGAAAGGCUAGAGGAGAAGGUUGAAUCAUUACAGGAAAGCUUAGAGGAAGCAAAUGCUGCCCUGGAUGCAGCCUCACGGCUGACUGAGCAGCUGGAUCUGAAAGAGGAGCAAAUUGAGGAGCUUAAAAAAGAAGGUGAGAUCAGAAAAGAAAUGUUAGAAGAUGCACAAAAUAAGCUAAUGAACCUUAUAAACAGCACAGAAGGGAAAGUGGACAAGGUCCUGAUGAGAAAUCUUUUCAUUGGGCAUUUUCAUACUCCAAAAAAUAAGCGUCAUGAGGCAUUAAGGCUAAUGGGAAGUAUCUUGGGGAUCAAAAAGGAAGAGCUAGAUCAGUUAUUGUCUGAAGAGCAAAGAGGUGUUACCAGAUGGGUGACUGGUUGGCUUGGUGGAGGAGGAGCUGGGUCAAAGAGUGUCCCCACUACCCCUUUAAGACCAGCCCAUCAAUCCAUUUUCAAUAGCUCCUUUUCAGAACUUUUUGUGAAGUUUCUUGAAACAGAAUCCCGUCCAACCCUUCCUCCGCCUACGCUCUCAGUCCAUGACAUGAAGCCUUUAGGAGUUUCAGGAAUUGGAAAACCUAGUAGUGCUACAUCCAGCAGUCAGAUGCAAGAUGCAGCUGGCGCAGGAACCAGUAGAAGACCAGAUGCAAAUCCAUUCUUGGCACCCCGGUCAGCAGCAGUGCCCCUUAUCACCCCAGCGGGUGGACCUGGGCAUCUUCUCAUGAAACCUAUUUCUGAUGCCUUACCUACUUUUACACCACUGCCAGUAUCACCUGAUGCCAGUGCCGGUGCUGUAUUAAAAGACCUCUUAAAACAAUAGAUGAUUCUGAAUCAGCAUUGAAGAUAGCACUUUAAGGGAAACAAGAACACUAUAUUGUAUAUAACUUACCACAGAGAGGCCUUCUGUAAAAACCUGUCUACUUGUUUGCAGGUGCACAUGGUUCUUUUAAUUAUGAAUCAACUAGUGCUUUGGAGAUUUUCCACAGGAAUAACUGCCCUGUAUGUAAUGGUGGUUCAUUUUGAUUGAGGUAGGCUUUAAACUGGAAAAAAAAUAUCCUUUAUCAUUUGUGUAGCUGCAAGAGAAAUCACAGAACUUGUAAAUGCUACUAAUGCUCUUCAAGGUUUGGGGAGUGUGAACUCAUUGCUGUCUCUGCUCAUGAGGUCGGUUUGUUCAACAGCACAAUCUGUUAUCAACACUGGAGUUUUGAGAACCCACCACUUCAAAACAAAAUUAAUAUUUCUGCCCCAAAACUCAUUUGAUUUAGGGUAUUGUGUUCAUGACACACAUCCUGAAGAAUUAAGUUGCCCACAUCUCUGCAGUAAUGUAUUGUGCCCAGCACAGUCCUCAAGCAUGCUGUGCUGCUUUAGGCAAGCGGCUUUCUAAACUGGAAGUAGUGCAGCAUUGUCUGUGUGGUGCAUCAGGUGGACUAGUUGUUACUGCAGAAAGACCGUUUCAGUUAGUCCACCCUCAUGCCAGUUAGCCUGCUUGCCACACCACACAGAGGGUGCAUUGCAUCUGCUGUAAGAGGCAGCCUGCCUGAACCAGCGCAGCAUGCUUGAGGGCGCUGCUGUGUGGCUUGAUAUAUUUACUGUGUUGAUAUGGCCAUUAUAAGCAUAUAUGAGUGUUGUCACUGGAUAUAACACACACAACUGCAUAUGGCCAGCAUAUAGUAUCUAGUUAUAGUAACACAGAUCUCUUUAAUGAAAAGAUUGGCAUGCCUAAUUUGGGGGGUGGGGGAGAGGAGAAGGGGGGCGGUUUGAGGCAUAUCAUUGCCUUUUAUUGAAGGAGCUGAAUUUUUUCUUGCCCAGCCUCACAGUAGCUAUGGCAAUCUAAACCUACCAGCACUCAGGAGAUCCCUCUGGGAACAAGAGUUGGAGAGUGUGCAAGAGGUUUUUUGGGUUUGUUUUGUUUUUGUUUUUCCUCAAAACUUUAACGUGGUGAAUAGUCAGCAGUGGAGAGUUUAGCAAAUCCUACAAGCAUGUUCUCAUUACAUAUACAUACGCAGUACUGUAAUAAUCGAAGAUGUACAUUUAAAAUACCUUGUCUCUUGUACGAUUUUGAAGAUUUGAAUGUUGGUUUAAAGUUUGAACAUAUGUAUAAAAAUUAAAGGAAAAAAACCUGGUUACUUAUCCCAAAUGUGUAAAUAGGUCCGAGUAAGACCAGGGCCAAAGUCAAUUACUCUGUAAAUUUGGGUGUGAUAACUUGUACACUUUAUACUAAAUGUAGCAGGUAAAGUAUUGAAUUGUAUACUGAAAGCUAAAACUUGUCAGCUUACAAAAAUGGUUGAUCUAGCAUAAAAUGGCUUCAUUUUAAAA